AAUUAUCAAAUGUGUGUAGUUUUUUUCGUAUACUCGCUAGUGUUAAUUACAGUUAAUUAUAUUACGACAAAUUUAAUUUGUCGUUGUUGAUGAUGUAACCAAGUAAAAAAAAAAAGACUCAUUUUUUCACUAAAUUAAUUUUUAAAUGGAAGUAUGUACUAUUUUGUAAUAAUCAGUUUAUAUUGUUUUUCUUCAAUACAAACUGUGAGUUUACGACCAACAGGGGUACGUUUAUUGAAUAAACUGUAUGGACGCGAAAUUGACGAAUCAAAAGAUAUUUUUAGUAAUCAUCGACUUUUUAGAUACAAAUACCGAAAUUAUUACGACGAGUUAGAACAGAGAGAGCGCUUAUUACCUCAAACGGUGAAUUGGAAAAAAUUAUCAUCUGACGAUAAUUAUUGGUUUUGCGUCGAAGACGGAGAUUUUCAAUUUAUAGCUACAAUAGUACUUAUUGUAUUGGUAAUAAUGGCUGUUUGUGUUAUAUGUAUUUUUGCAAUAUUCAGAUACAGAUUAACUGCAGAAGAUAACUGUGAAACAAUAAGCGAUUCAGAUGAUUGUAAAAUAACGAUUAAUAGCCCCAACGGAACAUCCAAUAAUCAAUGCAACUGUCCAAAUCAUCAGUAAAAGCCAAUAUUUUAUUUCAUUUUCUUUAAAUAUAUUUAUGUGUAAAUUAUACUUAAAUAAUGGUAAGGUGUUAACUUGGUAAAUUGUGUUUAUGUUAAUUUGGAAUUUUAUUAACUAAUAAACUUCAAUAAUAUUACAUUUCUGGUUGUUAAUAAUUUUCUAAUUUGGAUUGCG